AUGUCUAUGAAACCCAAGAUCAAAAGCUUUUUCGGAGCCUCCAGACAGUACGUUGUUGCUGGAGCUUCAAACAACCCUUCGAAAUUCGGCUUCAAGAUUUUACUGUGGUAUGUGAGCCACGGUUUAUCAGUGAUUCCUAUAAAUCCAAAGGAGAGUGAGAUCCUCGGCCAGCCCGUUGUAAAGUCAAUUCCCGAAGUUUUGAAGUCCCUCAGUGCUGGUAAAGAUAUUAAUCAAUACAAGCUUUCAAGUGCUGAUGGUCUUAGUGUUUCAUUCUUGACUCCACCCCACAUUACCGUACAGACCCUCAAGGAUAUUGCUGAGGUUCCAGAAUACAAGUCACUUAUUAGAGGUUUAUGGUUCCAGCCAGGAAGCUAUGACCAGGAAGCAUUAGACACUGCUGAAGCAUUGGGAUUGCUCGAGAAGGUGGUUCAUCAAGAAGAGUGUAUCCUCAUUCGUGGCGAGGAAGGAAUGUAUAGCGCCAACUUGUAG